UUUUUCUUUCUUUCUUCUAGACCAGUAUAAAGGAAGGAUUACUCUUGAAGCAAACCAGCUCUUUCCAGAGGUGGAAAAAACGUUACUUUAAACUUCGGGGGCGUACUCUUUAUUACGCAAAAGAUUCGAAGUCCUUAAUAUUUGAUGAAGUUGACCUGUCAGAUGCCAGCGUUGCUGAAUCGAGCACAAAAAAUGUCAACAACAGCUUCACGGUAAUCACACCAUUCAGGAGAUUAAUCCUAUGUGCAGAAAACAGAAAAGAGAUGGAGGAUUGGAUCAGCUCACUGAAGUCUGUACAGUCCCGGGAGCAUUAUGAGACUGCACAGUUUAAUGUGGAACAUUUCUCAGGGAUGCAUAACUGGUAUGCCUGCUCCCAUGCUCGACCCACCUUCUGUAAUGUAUGCAGAGAGAGCCUUUCUGGAGUGACUUCUCAUGGCCUGUCCUGUGAAGUCUGCAAGUUUAAGGCUCAUAAAAGAUGUGCAGUCAGGGCAGUAAACAACUGCAAAUGGACUACAUUGACUUCAAUUGGAAAAGAUAUUAUUGAGGAUGAAGAUGGGGUGGCUAUGCCUCACCAGUGGCUAGAGGGAAAUCUGCCUGUCAGUGCCAAAUGUGCAGUCUGUGACAAGACUUGUGGCAGUGUUCUACGCUUGCAAGAUUGGAAGUGCCUUUGGUGUAAAACUAUGGUGCACACAGCUUGCAGAGAUUCGUAUCCUCACAAGUGUCCACUUGGCCAAUGUAAAGUAUCCAUUAUUCCUCCCACUGCACUAAACAGCAUAGACUCCGAUGGAUUCUGGAAAGCCACGUGCCCACCAACUUGUGCCAGUCCUCUCUUGGUUUUUGUUAAUUCAAAGAGUGGAGACAAUCAAGGAGUAAAAUUUCUCCGACGGUUCAAGCAGUCACUAAAUCCAGCUCAGGUGUUUGAUUUAAUGAAUGGAGGUCCUCAUUUAGGUUUACGAUUAUUUCAAAAGUUUGACAAUUUCCGAAUUCUCGUGUGUGGAGGAGAUGGAAGCGUCGGUUGGGUGUUGUCUGAAAUUGAUAAACUCAGCUUACACAAACAGUGUCAUUUGGGAGUGCUACCCCUUGGUACUGGAAAUGACCUUGCCCGUGUCCUCGGCUGGGGAGGGUCAUGUGAUGAUGAUACACAGCUUCCUCAAAUUUUAGAAAAGCUAGAACGGGCUAGCACAAAAAUGUUAGACAGAUGGAGUAUAAUGUCCUAUGAACUGAAAUUGCCACCAAAGCAAUCUAUACUUCCUAUUACUCCAGAAGAAGAGUCUGAGGACUGUCAGAUGUCAAUGUAUGAAGAUUCAGUUGCUGCUCAUCUUGCCAAGAUCCUUGAUUCUGAUCAGCAUUCUGUGGUCAUAUCAUCUGCUAAGAUAUUAUGUGAAACUGUAAAAGGCUUUGUUGCUAAAAUAGGAAAGACCUGUGAAAGACCAAUGGAAAAUGCUGAAGCUGAUGCAAUGGCUAUGAAAUGUUCAGAACUGAAUGAGAAGCUAAACCUGUUACUUCAGGCUCUUCAUGCUGAAGCCCAGGUUACACCUGUGCUGCCACGGAUUACUCCUCCCAUUGUAGAAGAAGAAACUGAAGAGUCAUCAAGUGAAGAAUCUUUAUCUGAUGUCAAGGAACAGUUGACAGAAAGCAGUGCAGUAUCUCCUACACACCAGAUCUUCAAGCCAAGGGAACAGCUAAUGCUCAGAGCAAACAGUUUAAAGAAAGCUCUAAGGCAAAUAAUUGAACAAGCAGAAAAAGGUGUGCAUUUGUUACAUGGUUGUGUUUUUGCCUACAGGGAAGGAUAUUCAGAGAAGUGUGUCAUGAACAAUUAUUUUGGUAUUGGAUUAGAUGCAAAGAUUUCAUUAGAAUUUAACAACAAACGAGAAGUACACCCUGAAAAAUGCAGAAGCAGGACAAAGAACAUGAUGUGGUAUGGUGUGCUGGGUACAAAAGAAUUAUUGCAACGGACCUACAAAAACCUAGAACAAAAGGUUCAGCUUGAGUGUGAUGGACAAUAUAUUCCCCUACCAAGUCUUCAAGGCAUAGCUGUCUUGAAUAUUCCAAGCUAUGCUGGUGGGACUAAUUUCUGGGGUGGAACAAAGGAAGAUGACAUAUUUGGAGCACCAUCAUUCGAUGAUAAAAUCUUGGAGGUUGUUGCAGUUUUUGGUAGCAUGCAGAUGGCAGUUUCUCGUGUUAUCAAGCUACAGCAUCACAGGAUAGCCCAGUGCCGGUCAGUAAAAAUCACCAUACUUGGAGAUGAAGGAGUCCCAGUGCAAGUAGAUGGCGAGGCAUGGAUCCAGCCCCCGGGAAUUAUUAAAAUUGUGCAUAAAAACAGAGCACAGAUGCUAACACGAGACAGGGCUUUUGAGAGCACUCUAAAGUCCUGGGAAGACAAACAGAAGUGUGAUUCCUGCAAACCAGUUUUGAGGUCACCAUUAUACCCUCAACAGGCUGUAGAACUAGCUACUGAAGAAGAGGCUUUACAGAUCCAGCUGUGUUCUCAGGCCGCUGAAGAACUGAUUACCAGGAUCUGUGAAGCUGCAAAAAUACACACCUUGUUGGAACAAGAACUAGCUCAUGCUGUAAAUGCAUGUUCCCAUGCCUUAAACAAAGCCAGUCUCAGAUUUCCUGAGGUAAAGGGAAAUUUUGUUGCUGAGAGUCUCACCAGAAGCACAGCACUUGAAGUAGCUGUCAAUUUGAAGGCACUGCAUGAUGAAACUGAAUCCUUGUUAAUAGGAAGGGCUCCUUUGCAGCUAGAAUCUCUUCAUGAAGAGCUGCUCUCAACAGCUGUUCAAAGUUUGGAGACUGAAUUAAGGAAGCUUGCUGAAAUUCCUUGGCUCUGUCAUGUUCUACAAUUAAAUGAUGAUGAGGAUCCUCCUUUGGAAUAUGCCAAAAGAAAUAACAGAAGCACAGUAUUUCGCAUAGUGCCAAAGUUUAAAAAGGAAAAGAUUCAAAAGCAAAAGACAAGCCCUCAGCCUGUUCAGAAAUGGGGCACAGAUGAAGUUGCUGCUUGGCUGGAUCUGCUCAGUUUGGGAGAGUACAAAGAAAUCUUCAUCAGCCAUGACAUCCGAGGCUCUGAGCUUUUGCACCUGGAAAGGCGAGAUCUUAAGGACCUGGGGAUAAUGAAGGUGGGCCAUAUGAAGCGAAUUCUCCAGGGAAUUAAAGAACUUGAGAGGAACACACCUUUGGCUGAAGUAUAGUGCUAUUGCUUCCCUUUCAAAGAAGAAACAUUACUUUUGCAAAGCUGCAGAAUCAUGUGACCUUCUAAAUAGGUUACUCCAUGGAUGAGUGAGCAUUAGUAUGUGACAAGUGUGUUGUGAUUGGGGUAUUAUUAGACAAAAGAGCCUGAUAUAAGGACUUGAAAAGUUUUGUGUGCCUACAAAUGCUGUGAAGUAUAUUGUGGAAGAGCAGUUCAAAUGUGUAUGCUUUCCAGGUAGCCUAUGAAUUACCAAACAAGGAUAAUCAACGUAUGAUGUCUUUCUUGGUGCAGCAGCAAAUAACAUGUGGUUUGAAGAACUCGUGAGGCAUAUGCAUACCUGCAGUCUCUUACAUAUGUAUUGGAGAGACUGAUCACAUGGGGUUUUAGCGGACACUGUGAUACCUCAGCAGCUUCUCUCUCUUUUCCCUCUUUCCUUCACAGGUCAAGAAAUCAGGCUGAGGCAUAGGGACUCUGAUGCAUGGAUUCCCUGACCAAACAUUUUCUUGCAUGACACAUCUGAUACUUUAAACACUUGAAUUUUUUUAUAUCUGUUUUAAUAAGAAUUAAUUUAUUACUGUUCUGUGUCUCAUGUUGCUUUCUGUGUCUUGUGUUACUACUCUGUCAGGUUUUUCUGACAUAUGUUACCUAAACAUGCCAUGUGUUGUGAAUAUAGAUAUUUCUGCCAUAUUCUAGCAAGGUCUGUGUACUGAAUAUGUACUAAAAUAGUUUUUUUCCUCUUGAUUCAAAUAACUUCCAAGUAUUUUUAAAAUACUGGUACCUCACAAAUUAUGAGUUGGCUCCAUGAGAGAGUAUUAUCUGAAUAUUUUCUUUUAGGCUAUAAAAUAUGCAAUAUUUAUUUCUUAUAGCCUUUCUUCAGGCAACUGCUAGGUUAAUCUAAUUGUUCUGGCUAGUAGUGAGGCCUGUAUUUGUUAAUUCAGAGACAACAACCUAAUUAUAUACAGUGACCUAAGAUUACUUCAUAUUGAAGACACCACAAGGACCAAUUUUGUGACUAUCAGGGCUUGAUUAUGCAAUUUUUAUAAAAUCAGUAAAUGUUACAAAUAAGUUGAAGUAAGUAAUAUGCAGUUUAUCACAAUAAGGAAUACCUAGUUUCCAGUACACAUUAAACAGAGACUUAUUUGAGUACAGAAAUUUAUAAACCUUCUUCAGAAAUACGUAAUGCCUGAGAUAUAUGUGAAAGUUGUUUUUUAAGUGUAGGUGUUUAUAUGAUUUGGUAAUGGUCUAAGAAAUGUCAAUUUGACUUAAUGUUUUUCUAACAUUUAUUACAAACAACAUGUUUUUGGGUUUUUAAAAAAUUCUACUGGGCCAGUGGUCAUUCAGGUAUCAUGCUUAAGCUUUUUUAAUUAAAAAAGGAUAAGUGUCAAGUAACAGUUCCAAAAAUAAUUUUGGUCAUAUAUUUAAAGAUUGUUUAAAGUGAAAUACUUUCAUAUCCAUAGAGAGAUUGGUUGUAUCAUUGUAAGCAAGAGUCUUUGAGAAUACCAUCUUGGCAGGUACCAUGCUAGUGUUUGCUGUGUGCUCUAUCCUACUUAGUUUCUCAUGGUUGCAAGAACAGCAGUCAGAAGCUAUUCAGGAAGCAAACAAUUUGUGUCGGUUUGUCACUUACCUUAAUAAGUCAAAAUCAAAAGCUAGGUUUUGUAAAUGGUUUCUGAUUCCUGGCUAGUUUGGAAACUGAAAACUUAGCGAAACCAACCAAAAGCACUGGACAACAUGCUCAAACACACUGGUUAUGAACAAUAAACUAAAUCCUGUUUAAUGUUGUAUCUUAAUGCAACCAUUAUCUAAUAGAAGACUAGCAACCUAUUUUGAAUCUCUCUCUCUCACUUUACCUUCCUGCUUAAGCAGCAGUGAGCAAGAUGGAAAUCUGUGGGAUGCUGCUAUAUGUUCAAGGCAAUGUUCAAGAUGCAAUCAGUGCCUUCUGAAAUUUUUAAAAUUAAGAUCAAGUGGCAACAGUUGUUCCCCAGAUUUAUGACAGUAAUUUGUCACUGGAGCAUUUCCACCAAAAUUAGGUGGAGAUUCACAAAAACAGCAAUUAAAUUUCAAAUAGGCUUACUUUGGUAUUAAUGGCGUGGAAAGGGGUCUUGUAGCAUCUUUGAGACUAACUAAAAGGAAAAAAGCUAGUAGCAUCAACUUUCAUAGACUUCAGUUUUCUUUCUCAGCAUCUGAGGAAGUAGAUUCAGGUCUAUGAAAAAGCAUGCUACAACUCUUCUAGAAGAUGACCACAUAGCCCCCCCCCC